AUGGACCAUGGAGAUCAUUCCGAAGCGAGGUGUCAAAAUACAGACAAGCAGCUCGUUGAGAAUGUUCUUCUUGUUGAGCAACUACAACUAACGAAUUUUUGUACUCUGGUAAUAUAUAUUCUCUUUUAUCUCUUGCAGGGUUUUGCUGGAGGCAAGAAAUCGUAUUGUGAAUGCACUUUCUCGCCGAUAGCCAUGCUUAAGUCCAUCAAGAUUUUUCAUACCAAGACUAUACAUUUAGAUUAUGUGGUUGGACAUGUGGAUAGGGAUAAUGAUGAGAUUUUAGCUGCUUUAAAGAGUUGUGACGACAAUAAAGCUCCCGGCCCGGAUGGAUUCAACAUGUUCUUUUACAAGCAAUGUUGGUUUCUGUUAAAAGAUGAUAUUCAGCAGCUAUACAAGGUUUUUUUUGAAAGAGGUACAUUCCCACACGCUUUGAACACAGCUUUUGUAGUUUUGAUUCCAAAAUUUAAGGGAGCAAACAAUAUUAAAGACUUUCGUCCUAUAAGUCUCAUUAAUGGUGUCUUUAAGAUAUUGUCGAAACUGCUUGCAAAUCGACUUGCUCCUAUUUUGCCUGCACUUAUUUCAGAGAACCAGUUUGGUUUCAUUAAAGGAAGGAGCAUUCACGAUUGCCAUUCUAUAGCUACUGAGGUUGUUAAUCUUUGCUGUAACCGUAGAGAGAAGACCCUUCUUAUCAAAUUAGAUUUUCAUAAAGCAUUUGACAGUGUUUCUUGGCUGUUUAUUUUAAAAAUCCUAGAGGAAAUGCAUUUUGAUACUACAUGGAUUCAGUGGAUUAAAUCUCUUUUGGGAAGUUCUCAGUUAUCAGUCCUUAUUAAUGGAAGUCCUUCAGACAAUUUUUACAUGGAAAAGGGUGUCAGACAAGGUGAUCCUUUAUCUCCGAUGUUGUUUGUGAUUGCAGCGGAAGGAUUUAAAGCUAUCAUAGAAAAGGCAAAGCAUGAGGGAUUGCUUGAAGGAAUCCGCAUUGAUGGUUAUCAUGAAUCAAUAUCCCUUUUACAGUUUGCCGAUGACACUUUAAUGUUCCUUCCAUAUGAUCUUGAUAAGGUUCGUAAUCUUUUAAGAAUCUUACGUUGCUUUGAGAUUGUAUCCGGCUUACGUAUUAAUUUCAACAAGAGCUCCGUUAUUGGGUUAAAUCUGGUUGAAGAGGAGGUUUUGGCAGCUGCUGAUAUCUUAAAUUGCAAAGUUGAGAGUUUACCAAUCACUUAUCUCGGUCUUCCAUUGUCGAGAAAAAAUCUUGCGCUCAAUCAAUAUGCUCCUUUAGUUCAGAAUUUUCAGAAUCACUUGGCUCAAUGGAAGGGAAACCUUUUAUCUCCGGCGGGUCGUUUGGUGCUAAUUAAGUCGGUCCUCUCUAGCUUACCGGUUUAUUCAAUGUGUUGCUAUGAUAUUCCAGUUCAUGUGAUUAAAGCUUUAGAGAGUAGUAUGAGAAAUUUUCUUUGGAAAGGCUCUUCUUCCUCGAGAUGUUCUUUAUGGUACUUGGUUGUUCGGGAAAGUUCUCAUUUAUCUUCUUGGUUUGAUCUUAUUAACCCAAGAAACAAGCAUCUUUCAGUUUUAUGGCGGGGAGUGCGUAAACUUUGCUUAAACAAUGGAGAUAUUUGGGAGUUAUUUCGAGAUAAUAUUAUGUUCACUGUAGGGAAUGGACGUCAUGUUCGAUUUUGGCAUGAUAAAUGGUUGCGAAAUCAGCAAGUUACUCUAUCAAUUGGAUACCCUCGUUUGUUUAAUCUUUCUCUUCAUCCAGAUGCUAUGAUAGCAGACUUAUUCCAAGCUGCUUAUAAUGAACAGCAAUGGGAAGGGACGAAGCUUAUUGGCAGAAAAUUGGUGAAGCAUAUUCAGCAGCUGCUUUUAACAGAUGCAAACUUGAAGAGAAUCGGCGUUCAGCAGCUCUCAUCCGGUAAGCGGAUCCUCGUUUACUGCAUUCGAAUCAGACUGUUAAUACAAGUAUGCAGGAUCGUUUUCUUAUCAGAUUGUGGAACCAGAAAAUACCUCCUCGCCUGCAAUUUUUCACGUGGCUGCUGCACAAAAACAGAAUCCCUUCGAAGGGUUUCCUGCAUCAGAGAGGGUUAUUAUCGGAUGAUCAAAUUGGUUGCUUGCUCUGUUCGAUUUCUGAAAUUGAUGGCAAUCAUGUGGUUAUUCAUUGUUAUAAAGCGUGGUCUUUUUGGUGUUGUUGCUUGGUCAAUUCCGGCAAAUACAAGCAGUUUUUACUUUCAAUGGAUGGAGCUAGCUAAGUUUAAUUUCAAAGAUCUUUGGAGCACGAUUUGGUUUUUUGGAAUUUGGGAGUUUUGGAAAGCAAGGAACAAGAGAGUUUUUCAGAAUGAGGCAAGUGAUUAUGAGGAUUUAGUUCUAAUUUGCAUUGUCAAGGGGGUGAAUCAUUAUAAGUUUCACAAUCCAAAUUUUAGUUAUAGUGCAAAUGAUGUAUUUAGAAGCAUAAACUUCUUUUCUAGAAGCUAA